GGUAGUAAUAAGAAUGAAGAGCAGAUGGAUUGUCCAAUUGAUACUGCUGCUCCUAUUGCCCAAACAGGAAGGCCCUGCACAAAUGUUGAAGUGAAAGAAGAAGAAUUGACUGGUUCAGUGCUGAUAAGUCAGGAGUGCCUGGACGAGCAGGACAUUGUGAGUGAUGAUGUUACGACUCAUCAAGGACUAAACGAAACAGAGUCACCUGCUGUGGAACUUGUAAAUUUGAAUGACAAGGUUCAGGAGAACACUAAGGAGCGGAAGGAUGUUCUGAACUGUGAUGCUACUGAUCUUCAAGAUCUGAAAGGAGAAGAGUCACCUGCUGUGGCUUUAGUGAAGUCAAAUGACAAGGUUCAGGAGUACGCAGAGGAGCAGAAGGAUGCUACUGAUCAUCAAGUAUUAGCAGGAAAAGACUCACCUGCUGUGGGACUAGGGAAUUUGAAUGACAAGGUUCAGCUAUUCAUGGAGCAGCAAAAGGAUGAUCUGAGUAGUGAUGCUACUGAUGAUCAAAUCCUCAAUGAUAAAGAGUCACCUGCUGUGGGGCUAGCAAUUUCAAAUGACAAGGUUGAUGAUCAGAAAGAUGCUUCUGUAUUUUGCACUUCAGCUUCUGAAAACCAUACUGAAAAUUCAUCAAGAGAGACGGUGACUGCAGAGGAUGAGAAAUGGAAAUCAUCAGAAGGUUCAGUAUCCAACAACAAUGGAAAAGUUGGUGUUAGCACAGCUGAGUUUGUGUCAGUAAGUUCCAAGGCUUCUCAACUUCCACUAGUUGAUGCAAUUAUUGGAGUCAACAAAGCUGUAGCGCAGGAGUCAGAAAAGCCUUCUAUAAAAGAACUAAAGCAAAAUGUUACUGGGGUGAGAAAACCAGAAGCUGGAUCUGCAAGAAAUCUCUCAUCAUCCUCUGGUUCAUCCGUCACUCGUACACCACCACCUGCUCGACCGGCUGGCCUUGGUCGUGCUGCCCCACUAUUGGAACCUUCUCCCCGAGUGGUUCAGCAGCCUCGAGUGAAUGGAUCCGCGUCUUCAGUACAAAACCAACUUGUUGAAGAACCCACAAAUGGAGAAUCUGAGGAAUAUGAUGAGACACGUGAGGAACUCCAGAUGAUAAGAGUUAAGUUUUUGCGUCUUGCUCAUAGGCUUGGGCAGAAUCCACAUAAUGUAGUAGUUGCCCAGGUCCUUUAUAGAUUAGGGUUGGCUGAACAGCUGAGGGGAAGAAAUGGAAGUCGUGUUGCUGCUUUUAGCUUUGAUCGUGCAAGUGCCAUGGCCGAGCAACUUGAGGCAGCUGGACAAGAAGCCUUGGACUUCUCGUGCACAAUUAUGGUUCUUGGAAAAACAGGUGUUGGUAAAAGUGCGACCAUAAAUUCUAUAUUUGGUGAAGCUAAAUUUGGUACUGAUGCAUUUCAGAUAGGAACAAAGAAGGUUCAGGAUGUUAUUGGGACUGUGCAGGGAAUUAAGGUUCGGGUAAUUGACACUCCUGGGCUUCUGCCUUCCUGGGCAGACCAGCGACGGAAUGAGAAAAUCCUUCAUUCUGUUAAAAGAUUUAUUAAGAAAAUGUCACCAGAUAUUGUACUGUAUCUCGAUAGGUUGGAUAUGCAAAGUAGAGAUUAUGGUGACAUGCCAUUGUUGCGGACAAUUACUGAAGUUUUUGGCCCAUCAAUAUGGUUCAAUGCAAUAGUUGUUCUUACACAUGCUGCAUCUGCUCCUCCUGAAGGCCCCAAUGGUACUACAACAAGUUAUGACAUGUUUGUAACUCAGCGGUCUCAUGUUGUUCAGCAAGCAAUACGGCAGGCAGCCGGAGAUAUGCGCCUUAUGAAUCCUGUUUCUCUGGUCGAGAAUCACUCAGCAUGCAGGACAAACAGGGUUGGGCUGAGAGUGUUACCUAAUGGUCAAGUUUGGAAGCCUCACUUGUUGCUUCUGUCAUUUGCAUCCAAAAUUUUGGCUGAGGCAAACACAUUGCUGAAGUUACAAGACAGUCCACCAGGUCAGACUUAUGCCACUCGAUCAAGAUCACCUCCUUUACCUUUCCUGCUUUCAUCCCUUCUCCAGUCAAGACCACAGGUUAAGCUACCAGCAGACCAAUUUAGUGAUGACAAUGAGACCUUAGAUGAUGAUCUGGAUGAAUCUUCGGAUUCUGAAGAUGAAUCAGAAUAUGAUCAACUGCCAGCUUUCAAACGGUUGACCAAAGCCCAGCUAGCAAAGUUGACCCAAGAGCAAAAGAAGGCAUACAAUGAUGAAUUAGAAUACAGGGAAAAGCUUUUUAUGAAAAAGCAAUUGAAGGAGGAGAGAAAGAGACGAAGAAUGAUGAAGAAAAUGCAGGCUGCAGCUAAGGAUUUGCCUAUCAAUACCAACGAAACAGUAGAAGAGGAGACAGGCAGUGCAGCGUCUGUUCCAGUACCAAUGCCAGAUUUGGCCUUACCUGCUUCUUUUGAUUCUGAUAACCCAACUCAUAGAUACCGUUAUCUUGAUUCUUCAAAUCAGUGGCUUGUGAGGCCUGUUCUAGAGCCUAAUGGUUGGGACCACGAUGUUGGUUAUGAGGGCAUUAAUGUAGAAAGGUUGUUUGUUAUCAAAGACAAGAUACCUCUGUCUUUCUCCAGUCAGCUUUCUAAGGACAAAAAGGACGCCAAUCUUCAAAUGGAAAUCGCAAGUUCGGUGAAGCAUGGGAAUGGGAAAGUAACUUCUUUAGGUUUUGAUAUGCAGUCGGUUGGUAAAGACCUUGCUUACACUCUACGCAGUGAGACUAGAUUCAGCAAUUACAGAAAAAAUAAGGCAACAGCUGGUCUCUCAGUAACUCUCUUAGGUGAUGUUAUGACAGGUGGAGUGAAAGUUGAGGACAAAUUGAUUGUUAACAAACGAGGACUGCUGGUCAUAUCUGGGGGUGCUAUGUUUGGUCGUGGUGAUGUUGCUUAUGGGGGUAGCUUGGAAGCAACAUUAAGAGACAAAGAUCAUCCUCUUGGUCGUUUCCUAUCAACGUUGGGGCUCUCGGUCAUGGACUGGCAUGGAGAUCUUGCUAUUGGAUGCAAUUCACAAACCCAAAUACCUGUUGGACGAUACACAAACUUGAUUGGACGUGUCAACAUUAACAAUAAAGGGUCUGGGCAAGUCAGUAUUCUCCUGAACAGCUCAGAACAACUUCAGAUUGCUUUGAUUAGCUUGCUUCCUCUGGUCAGAAAACUGAUUAGCUACACUCAAUCAGUGCAAUUUGGAUAAUCAUGAAAGCGAAGCCAUAUAUGAUAGUAAGCCAUACGGUAAUUGAAAAAUUACUCAUAUAGUGACAAUCAUUUCAUCAGCAUUGCUAGACGUGAGUAUAUUUUAUUGUUUUUCUUUGGCUUUUUACUUAGUUGUGGCUUUGUUUUAAGAUAUUUUGGAGCUUUUUGAUAAGAAAAAGCUGCUCUUGUCUGAUUGUUCACAAAAGUAUUUGCUUUCCUUGACAUAUGAGUUCUUUUUCCUUUUAGUGGCUUUAUCUUUAUGUAGUCAGCCUAGAAUAUGCUGCAACUGUUUACACCUGGCAUACAUAGAUUGGACAUUUAAACUUU